AUGUGCAACCAUGCACACACAGAGCCAAUUCGCUUUGCGGCCACCGUCUGCAGCUACUCCCGCAACGAAGCGUUCGUCUGGCGCGGCGGUGAGCUGCGCAAGCUCUACCAGCUCCACCUCAACAGCAGCGCGUUCAUCGUCAAGAUGUCGUUCCUGUCGGACUCGACGCUGCUGGGCGCGUUCGCCGACGACUCGGUGUACGUCUGGUGCCUGGAGAGCCUGCGGGUGGCGCACGAGGUGCUCCAGGACUGUGACUUGUUCUACGCGGCCGGCAAGACGAGCCAGGUGUUCGAGUUCAGCCUGGCCGAGUCGCGCGUCACGCGAAUCUUCUCGUUGCCGGAGGGCAGCGGCCACGUGGCCCAGCUGCUGGUGUUCCCCGGACCGUUCCUUGGACAGAUCCUGGGCGUGCUGCUGGAGAGUGGAGUGGUCAAGUUCAUCCACACGGAGACGGGCCGGGUCGUGCAGAGUCUGAACAACGCCCGGCAUAGCAUCGCGCACACCGUCGCCAGCCGGUCGGGCCUGUUCCUGGCCUGCCUGCUCGACUCGGGCCAGAUCUGCCUGCAUCAUAGCACCGGUGACGUGUUCCGCCGUAUCGUGCUGCCUGAGGUGUUCUACGACAACAAGCCGCGCGUCACGCUGGUCGACGACUCGGCCACGCGGCGCGGCAAGACGCCGCUGCUGAACACGGCGCGGCUGGCGCCGAUCGUGCGCGAGCAGGGCGAGUUCCCGGCCCAGUACCGGCAGCUGAUCUGGCGCCACGUGCUGGAGCUGCCCGGCGCGCACGCGCUGUACGUGACGCUGUCCGAGCGCGGCCAGCACCCGGCCUGGAGGCACGCGGCGCAGCGCUACCCGGUCAGGGAGGUGGCCGUCGCCAGAGUGCUGGCCAGCACACUCUCGGCGCUGGCCUGGUGGUGCCCCCUGUUCGCCGAGGUCGAGUUCCUCCCCUACUUCGUGUUCCCCUUCUGUAGCGUGUUCUCGGCCGACCCGCUGGCCGCCCUCGAGACGGUCAUCACGCUGCUCGUAAACUGGUGCCAGCGGUGGUUCGAGUUCUUCCCGUACCCGCCCAUCUCGGUGCUGGGCAUGGUGGAGAACAUGCUGGCGCACCACUGCCCCGAGCUGCUGCGACACUACAUGGAGCUGGGCGUCACCGCGCACGUGUACGGCUGGCCCCUGCUCGAGACCGCCUUCUCCGAGGUGUUCACCCAGAACGACUGGCUGGUGGCCUGGGACCACAUCCUGACCAACGACCCGUCCUACAUGCUGGCCGUCGUCAUCUCCUACAACGCCGUCUCGCAAGCGGCUCUGCUGCGCUGCAAGACGGCCGACGACAUCAGCUACUACUUCCGAAACCAGAACGUGGUGAGCGUGCGGCACGUGGUACGGCGCGCCUACGUCAUCCACGAGUCGACGCCGGCUGACAUCCACCCGCGCGGCUUCAUGGAGAAAUUCGAGGCCAUCGGCGCCGAGGCCUACCCCGUCUUCAACAAGUACCCGACCUUCAUCGUCAACCACCAGCUGGAGGAGCGGGAGCGGAUCGGGCGCGAGCACCAGGCCUUCCUGGAGGAGCGGGGUGCCACCGCCAGGCUAGCGCAGGAGAUGGCUGACAACCGCUCCCGGCACAAACAGUGGGCCGACAAACUGGCCUACCUCAAAGCGCGGCCGGGCCGAGCGUGA